CUACCACAAUAACGGCCACUUUUCAUAUUUACUAUUUACAAAAUUAAAAAGAAAAAAAAAACGACAGGAAUUUUAGAGUUUGCUUUAUUUGUUCGCUUCUGGUCUUCUCCUUCUCCAUUGGAAAGAUAGAAUUAUACACAAUUAAGCAACUUCGUUUCCGUCUCAUUUUAUUAUCUGAUCUGCCAAGCUCUUGACUGGUUUUUGGUUUCUUCUUCGCCUCAUUAUUCGCUUUGCAGGUGACAUGAACACUGUCACGCAAAACCUAUCUGAGCAACUGAGGCCCCUUGUGGCUUUGAAUAGCUGGGACUAUUGUGUUCACUGGAAAUUAAGCAAAGACCGAAGGUCUCUUUUUUGGACGGGAUGCUCUUGUGCUGGGACUGAAAGUAGACAAAGUGGUGGAGACAAACUUCUUUCUCCUGUUUCUUCAGUCGCUUCGUGCAGGGAUACCAUGUUUCGUCACCCCAGAACAGAGUCCUGUGCUUUACUUUCCCGACUUCCCGUUUUCAUAACUUUAGAUUCAGGGAUUCAUGCAGAGACAUUGUUAUCCAAACAAUGCAAAUGGUUGAACUAUACCAAUAGCUUAGAUUCUAAUACUUCUGAGAAACCAGUUGGGACCCAAGUUUUGAUUCCGGUGCCGGGUGGACUAGUUGAGCUGUUUGCAACGAAGCAAGUGCUGGAAGAUCAUCAUGUGAUCGAUUUUGUCACAUCCCGAGCAGCGGAGAAGACUGCAUCCAAGAACCUUGAGGCAGAGUACAUGAGGAGGGAGAGGCUCACUAAGAACUUGUUAAGUCUAAGGCCUUUGGUUCCCAGAAUUUCUAAGCCAGACAGUGCGUCUCUUCUUGAUGACACAAUUGAGUUCGUGAAGGAUUUGCAGAAGCAAGUGAAAGAGCAGCAAGAUAAGCUCUUGCAGCUCGAGAAAAUUUCAGAAAUGGACGAACCACCACCAGCAGCAGCAGAUAAUGUAUAUGGGGUUGAAAUGGGACCAAAAGCCAAUCAAAUGAAGACCCAAAAUGGCUGUAUCUGGAAGCCAAAACAUGAAUUUGAUGCUCCGAACCAUAAGCAAACACAACAAAUGGAGGCGCAAGUGGAAGUGGCAGUGAUAAAGGGGAAUGAGUUGAAAGUGAAGGUGUUGUGUGGGCACAGACCUGGUGGGUUCGUGAAACUGAUGGAGGCAUUCCACUCUCUGGGCCUCCACGUCGUCCGUGCUAAUGUCACUACCGACCAAGGUCUUGUUUCCAACAUUUUCAGAGUGCAGAUGAAGGAGAAAGAAUUGGUAAAAGCUGAAGAAGUUAGGGAGUCACUAGUGGAACUUAUGAGUUUAAGUACUGCGGCAUCCCAAAUUGAAGGGGCAAGGGUCUCAAUGCUAUCACUUUGCAUCUUGCUCCUAUUUCUUUGUCUGUAUGAUUACUAUGUCCAUGUGCCCGCAAUAUAUAAAAAAUAGUGUGCUUGUUUUUUAAGAUAA